UAAAUUUUGUAUAUUUGAUUGAUUGGUGCGCUUUGCCUUCCACUACGUGUCACGCGACAAGUGUACGACGGAUACGUCGUUUAUUGUUCACAGUCGAAUGACAUUUUUUCAGCGACGAAUUGGAUGCAUCCGAGAAAAUAUAAAAAAAUGGCGAUUCGAAAAAACAAUUAUUUCGUGCCAAAUCUACUCUUAUAAUUGAAUCAUGGCUCGUCGAGAGUCGGCGAACUUGUUUAUUUGUUGUCCGAACAUAUUUCCCACAAUUGCCUUGCUGCUGAAAUCGAAACACCUUCAACUACAUCCGUAUAAUCGGACGAAUCAAAAUGUAUUCUCCAUUUGUUUAGCGUAAGAGUAUGCGACUAGACGUUACGACGAGUACCGGACGCAAUACGCAAUACGGACUUGUACGUGACGGGAUGUAAUGGGACGCAAUGAAAAAGUGACGGAAGUGAUACUGGGACUGAACUGUACUGGACUGAACCGCCCCCCCCCGUACAUUAUCAGACUAGGCCCUAGAGCCAGAGCGCAAGGAAACCGAACGAGACGAAAAUUUGUUCGUUAGCAUUGACGACGUGUAGUAGUCUCGUAAAUACUCCUGGAAGGUAAAAAAUAAUGCAGACUAUCAAAUGCGUCGUGGUUGGGGAUGGUGCAGUAGGUAAGACUUGCCUGCUGAUCUCGUAUACUACCAAUAAGUUCCCAUCCGAAUAUGUUCCGACAGUAUUUGAUAAUUAUGCUGUGACGGUUAUGAUCGGAGGAGAACCGUAUACGUUAGGGUUGUUCGAUACAGCAGGUCAGGAGGAUUACGAUCGGCUACGUCCUUUGAGUUAUCCGCAGACUGACGUAUUUCUAGUCUGCUUUUCUGUCGUGUCGCCGUCCUCCUUUGAAAAUGUUAAAGAGAAGUGGGUUCCAGAGAUAACUCAUCAUUGUCAAAAAACUCCAUUCUUAUUGGUUGGAACCCAAAUUGAUUUGCGAGACGACGCGGCGACUAUAGAAAAGCUUGCGAAAAAUAAGCAAAAACCUAUAUCGGCCGAACAAGGGGAAAAACUUGCCAAAGAACUGAAAGCGGUGAAAUACGUGGAAUGCAGCGCUCUCACACAGAAAGGUUUGAAAAACGUUUUUGACGAAGCAAUUUUAGCAGCCUUAGAGCCCCCGGAACCGGUCAGAAGAAGACGAUGUAUCGUUUUGUAGAGCGCGAGUAACAUAUUCUCUUUCAUAAAAACUGUUAGCGCUGUUCGGACGGUGACCGUACGGUGCAUACAAGAAUAUGUAUUUUCGACUAAGGAUAGUUCCGAUAGGUUGAUUCGGUCGGUACAAUCCAUCUUUGUUCAUUUGGUUCGGCUCUUCCGACAGUUUCGACGACGAAAAGAAAGAAAAAUUCAUACGAAAAAAGAUGAGAACACAAGCAUUUCGUGUGCGUGCGCACACAUGUACACACGACCGCGAUGCACCGAGUGCAUACGCGUAUGUUCUUACGUUCACUCACUCAUUCACUCAUUCACUCAUUCAUUUACACAUAUACAUGUUGUAUAGAUUUAUUUCUAUUUGUCGACGGCCAGCUUAUUGAUGCAAAAGCAAAAACAAAUGAAAACACAAACGGAAGAGGACGAUCGACGACUGACUUUGUUUAAACCGAUUCACUGCAGCGAGCGAGAAACAAGCAAACAAGCAUCGUGUUAUAUUUUUGACGAUUGCACGGCAGAGAACCGAGCAAUCAUUGAAAACUGAACAUCCACCCUACACAAAUUUCUUAUAAAAAAACACUUGUAAAUCAUUUUUCUAUUUAAUACGUAAGACGUUUUUAUUGACAAAAUUAGUAGUGUGAAUUUUUUAAUAAAUCAGUUUAAAAAAUAAA